AUGGAUCAGAAAGGAAUAGAGGUUCCUAGCUAUGAUGGAACACCAGAAGGCCUUGCGGCCUACAAAGAGGCAGUCCUUCAGUACCUGAUGGCCACAGAGACCCACAAGCGCUACCUGGUGGGUCCCAGACUAGUCCAGAGACUGACUGGUGUGGCCAAGGCGCUGAUUCGCACACAGACCCUUAGAGAUCCUCAGUGGUUGGCACACCCUAGGGGCGCUUAUACACUACUGGGGUUCUUGGAAGAGACCUUGGAGCGACCGUCACUGAUAGAGGCAAACAAACAUGUCAUGGCCUUCUUCUACCAGCUUGAGAGGAAGAAAGGUGAGACAAUGACGGAGUGGAUUGCCAGACACAGUGAGAGGCUAUGGGAGGCUUCAAGGGCGCUUCAACGUGUCCAAAGGGAACAUGGGCGAUUGGAUGUGCCGAGUGAAAAGGAAUGGAAAGACUCUAGGUCCAGCUACAGUAGAACAAGUGAAAGAAACACAGGAGGCCAGGAAGUACCUUUCCGUGAUGAUGGCCGACUAGAAGAGACAGAGGAUGAACAGACCAAUGAUGAUUCAGAACAACACACAUGGGGGUGGAACAAAUCCUCAUGGAGCUGGAGUGAAUCAGGGGGAGAUUGGUCUUGGAAGUCCCCUGAAUAUGAGCCGCCAAAGACAUGGAGUUUUGAUGAAAAACCCUUCAUUCCUGAGUUUCUGGCGGGGUUUCUUCUUCUACACCGUAGUGGACUGGAGCCGAGCGAAAGGUCAAAUAUUCUGGCCAGCAUCAAAGGCCAGUUCACCACUCAGGCCGUUGCCCGUGCGCUUCGUGAACAAUGGAGCGAUGCGGAUGUGGCCAAGCGUGACAAGGCGAAGGCAUCAGCUGCCUACCUCCUUGAAGAGGACGACGAAGAUGCCCUCUACAACACUGUGGAUGAGCAGGAGUUCUCCCAAUGGGGCACUGAACAACAAGAUGCAUACCUGGCGGAACAGCAAACCAUUGAUGAGGCCUUGGAGGCCAUCAAAUUCCAGAAGUCCACACUGAAGGAAGCUCGUUGGCGCCAACGCCAAAUCAAGCUUGGGAGGAACUUCUAUCCUCCAAAGCCUUACAAGGGUGGAAAAGGAGAUGGCCGUCCUUCCAAAGGAGACAUCAAGUGCUUUCGGUGUGGCGGACCACACUACCAGGACAAGUGUCCCCAGAGGUUCAAGGAGAAAAGCGCACAGAUCGCAGAUGAGGAGUCAGCUGAGAUUGCCUUCACAGCUUCUGAGUUUGCAGGCCAAGCAGACUCUCUGGAGCCCGAUACCAACAACAAUCCGGAAAAGUUCCAAUACGGCAUCAUCGAUUCUGGUGCAACAGCAUCGUUGGGUAGCGUCGAUGCGCUCGAGGAGCUGAUGAUAGCCAACAUUCAUGCCUGUGGGGACAGCAAGAUGCAGGUCAAUACGGCCAAGCGACCCACCUUCAAGUUUGGAAACGGCAUGCGAAAAGAGUGUCUGAGCACCAUCAACCUCUCCAUUGGUGCUGGUGAGAAGCGUGGGAACAUGGAAAUUCAUGUCCAUGACUCACCGGGACAGCCUGUCCUUAUCUCACGGAAGGCUCUGGCAGCUUUGGGUGCCGUGGUGGAUUUCAGCGAGAACAAGGUCAUUUACAAAGCUGUGAAUCCAAGCAUAGUCCUGCAGCUGAAACAAGCUGAGAAUGGUCGCUUGCUGAUGCCGUUGACUGGCAACCUUUUGGAUGGUGGUCACAAACGUGUGUUCAUGGCCAUGUCGCAGUGCAAGAGCAAGGCAGACUGGAAACACAAGUUGGAGGAGGCUGGCCUGAUGGUUCCCAAGGAUGCGACCAUCCAGUACAUGAAGAUGAUUUGGGCCGAAGCUCAACAAGAAAUGAAAGUCAAGAACUUAGAGGGCACCUUGGAGUCCGAGCUCAAGGCACUCCGUGCUGCGGGCCGCAAGAAAUCAGUUCUGUUGGACUUCAUGAAAGACAAAGGCAUGGUGAUCAACCCCAAUUCAACCAUUGCUUUACUUCUAGCUUCGGGGGAGAAGGAGAUUUACAAUCAAUACGAACCCACGGGAAGCGAGAAGAUGAAUUUUGGCAAGUAUGCAGACCACACAUUCGAGGAGGUAUCCAACCUACACCCCUCAUAUGUGAACUGGAUCGCAACCACGGCCCAGGAGUCAGACAACAUGCAUUGGCGCCUCCUCAGGUUCCACCGCUGGGCAACCCAGUUGCGCUCCAAGCAGAAGAUCAACCAGGCCGUGAAUCCCAAUGUCAAGGGCAAGGCCAGCUCCACCGGCAGUUUCAGUGUGUUGUCGGAGGGGGAAGAGGUCACACCCGCUGCUCAGGAGAUCAUGGAAGCCUGGAAGAAGAUCCAGGAACAGCGCGAUCAGCUGGAAGCCCAAGCUCAGGAACUGCAGAAGCAGAAGUGCGACCUCGAUCAGGAGAUCCUUGCCAACACGAAGGAUCGCAAGACCCGAGCCAUUGAGGUGGCAGACUUUGCAAGGUCUUUCAACGUACAGGUCCAUUGGGAACUGGCGGAACGAUGUGAGGCCUGGAAACUGGCCGAAAUCGAAGAGAUUGUGCACCUUCUCAACAAGGAGGUGGAGACUGCACUACCGGCUGAAGAAUCUGAAGAUGCAGACAUGCCGGAGGAUGAGCAGAUGGAGGACGUGGCAAUGCCACCCGAGACUGAUGAGGAGAAGCGGGAGAGAGAAGAGAUUGAGAAGAAGAUAGCCAAGUACCAUGUUUUGCUGGUGGUAGAUGAGGGCUCACGAUUUCGAAUUGCCAAGGUCAUCAGCUCUGGCGAAGGAAAUCAGGCAACAUGGGAGGACAUGAAGGAGGUAUUAGAGGAGAACUGGUUUUCUAUUUUUGGAAUCCCAAAGGUCAUGAAGGUAGAUCCAGCUGGUCCGUGGAUGUCCCAGGCAGCCAUUGACUACAUGGACGAGCGACACAUUGAGUACAUCAGCAUUCCUGCAGAGGCACACUGGACCAUUGGGAUCGUAGAAAAUACCAUCAAAACCUUCAAGGGCAUCCUCACCAAACUUAUCGAGGAGUUUCCAAAUCGUAGUGUUGAUGAACUUGUAGCACGAGCAGUAUGGACUGGCAACAACAUGGACAUGAUUGAUGGAUACACUCCCGCACAACGAGUUUUUGGUAGGGCACCUGAUGACUUUGGUCGUUUCUUCAAAGAUCAAGCAGAAGUACCACUUCACCCUUCUCUAGAACGCAAGCGGGAGAACCAGACCAAAGACCUCAGCGCCUUCUUUGCGGCAGAGGAGAACCGGAAAGGUGUGGAGAUUGAGUGGGAAUUGCCAUCAUCAAGGAGAGGCAUCAAGAAGUUUAUCAACAACCCGGAAGCCUAUGUCUGUACUCAACUCAAGCGAAAACAAGUAGAAGUUCGAGAAAAACAACUUACACCAUCAGAGGCUCUUGAGUUUCACAAGGCAAAGGAAACAGAGGUGAAGAAUUUUAUUGCUUCAGGAUGUUUUGAGUUGGCCAAGGGUAGACAACUGUUCUGGCAACUUUGCAGCUGGAAGCGCUUCCGGCUGAAGAAGGGCGACAUAUCGGGGGCCUUCCUUCAAGGCGAUGACAUGGAGGAGGAAUUGUGGUGUCGUCCAGUCAAGGAGAUCACCGAUGCGUUAGGACUCCCAGAACAUACCCCUAUGUUGAUGCGUAAAGCAGCCUAUGGACUUGUUCAAGCACCUUUACAAUGGUUUUAUACUAUCAACAACUUCCUGGGCAACUUGGGUUACAAACAACUUCAAACUGAACCAUGUUGCUGGGUUUGGGUAGACACUGAAGGACAAGUACGAUCCAUUGUUCACUCACACGUCGACGACUUGAUGUUUGGAGGUAAAGAAGAUGAUAGUAUUCACCUUGGUCUUCUUGAACAACUACAAGCACGGUUUAAAUGGGGUAGUUGGGAGGAUAGAUACUUUGUUCAAUGUGGUAUUGAAGUAGUCCAAAAUGAAGACUAUUCCAUUGACCUCAAGCAAAGUAACUUCAUCAACGACAUUGAAGAGAUCUAUCUUACCAGAGACCGCAGUCGCCAAACAGGACAACCAGUGACAGAAACGGAAAAAACCAAACUUCGUGGAGCUCUCGGCAGUCUGGCGUGGGUUUGUGGUCAAACAUGUUUUCCCUAUGCUGUAGACACAAAUUUUCUGGUCACAACCAUACCUGUUGCCACUGUAGAGGAUAUUCUUCACACCAACAAGAUCAUCCGAGAAGUCAAAAAGCUGAAAGAUGUCGCAUAUCGUAUUCACAAUUUUCCGGAACAUGAGGAGCUGGAAUUGUUUUGUUGGGCAGAUGCAGCGUGGGCCAACAGGCCCAAUGGCACCGAUUCCACCGAGGGCAUCUUUGUUGGCAUGUCAACUUCUCGUUUACGACAUGGUUUUGAAGAAAAUGUAUCUCCUAUUCACUGGCGGAGUGGGAAAAUAGAACGUACAUGCAGAUCUCCAGCGUGUGCUGAGGUGAUGGGAUGUCUGGACGGUGAGGAUGAGCUCACUUUUCUGCGGCUUCUAUGGACUGAGAUGCAGGGAUACACCAUCAACACUAGAAAGAUCGAUGAAUCCAUCCAGUAUACCAAGGGCAUGUUAAUCACAGAUGCACGCAACCUUUUUGACAAACUGAUACGACCAACAGCAACAGUCAAAGGCGCCGAAAAACGUUCUUCAAUAGAGGCUCUUAGUCUUCGUGAAAAUCUUGAGAGAGGAACAGCGGACAUCCACUGGGUGAACUCAGGGGCAAUGAUAGCAAACUCAUUGACCAAGACAAAAGAAAAGGGUCAGCUCAUGUUGUACCUGGCCUCAGGAUUUCGAUGGAAGAUCGUCUUCGACGAGAACUUUGUCUCCGAACGGAAAAGGAAGCAAGCAGGCUGUGAUGCUUUUGAAACCAUGCGCGCACAAACACACACAAAACAAGGAGAAGGCAGGAUCUGGGAUUCAAUGUCAGUUCCAGGAAAGUGA